AGAUUAUUAGAUAGGGCAUUGGGCCCUUAUUUGAAUGAUGGGCAGAGCAAAAUCUUAACUCUAACGCUAAGUCAGUAACAAGGCAAAAUAAAUUUGCUAAUUUAACACUAGUAAGACCAUAAGACCAACACUGAUGAGGAAGUUAAUUUACCAUUCAAUUGUUAUAGCUCAUGCAUGGCAACUUUGCUUUUUGAUAGACAUUGGACUUUCUGCCUUAAAUUAGGGCCCAGUGUGUUAUAUCCAUGUCAUAAUCAUCUCUGUACAACUGAAAGAAAUGUCCUGAUCAUAUGAAGGAUUUUACUACUUUCAUUAGUCAGAAAGCCUGAAAUGUUUCCAGGACCCAUUAAACUGACAUUGAUGACCCUUGUGUUACACCUUGAAAGUUGAACUAACUUCACUAAUACUACUAAAAGCUGCUUGCAGGUGGUCUGGGUCAUUUUGACACAGGUUACCAUAGUGUCAUUAUGAUGUCACAAGGCAACAAUAUAUGUCAUGUCAGAAGCUUGCAUUUGAAACUACUUUAUAAGCUCAUUUUACCAAAGUAAAAGUGACAAGAGGACACAGAAAUCUCUCUCUCUGAAUAUUUCUGGAAUUUAACUUCUUCUCCUCCUCAGACCUUAAGAUGACUCGCACACGAGUCCAUCCUGAGCCCCCUGAUGAAGGAAGCAGCCCCGAACCGAGAUGGACACCUGUGGUGGAGAGAACCCAAUCGGACAACCGUCUUCUCGGUAUCUUCAAAAGCAGCUUUCUUGGAGCAAUGGGAACGCAUCGGAGGAGUGAACAACAAAUUAGAACACAUAACGGCAGUACAUCCUCAUCUUCCCCUAGUUCUAUUCUUGAGCCAGUGUGGGAGCUGUGCCCUACAACGAGAGCUCUACCUCGACCCGCUCCACCUACGCAGCCCAGGUUGGCUUUUGCCGUGAAGGUGGCUGGCACCAACACACAAAAUGUGACAUGUGGAUGCCAAGCAGGAGUUCCGCUCCAGCCACAGCUUGCGCAGAUAUUCCCUGGACCGUCAGCCCACUGCUCAAAUCCAUGCCCGGUGAUCAUCCCGUUCCCAGUUGUGCCAUGUCAUCACAGGGCAUCCCGCGCUGGAAUGCUAGGAGAGAUGGAGGACAAAGAGAACAAACUCAAGAAAGAGAGCCAAGCAGGAGUGAAGGACAGAGACAAGAAGACGGCCGAUGCUGCUGCUCACCUGUUACAACGAGGCUCAGAGCGCACGUCACACAGGUGUUCCUCGGCACAAAAACCUAAAAAGAAUUCCAAGAUGAGCAAAGGAAAAGAUGUUGCUGCUCAACCUCUGUCCAGUGGUUGGAAGCGCACAUCAAAGGCUCCUCUUCCUCAUAACCAUGUCACUCAGUCAAGUGAACAGGUCACAUGUCACACGUGGAACAACACUGUCCCAUCCUGCCAGUUAUCACCACAAAGCAGACAGGAGAAGCUGCCCCCCUCCAAAAACACUCUGGCAAAGGACUUGCCAUUGUCGCAUGGAGGCCAGUCAGGCUCUGACUCUCUCAUCUUAAACUGCUCCUCUAUCCAAGGCAAGUGUGCAUGCCCCCACCAGUUCAUGUCUGUUGCAGACAUACGUUUCAGAGACCCGUCGCAUGAACCACCCCCCACCUUGAUUUGUGCGUCCGCUCUUAAACCUGUGGCCAGGAGGAAUGGAACACAGUCACCACCAGUCAGAGCAGCGAUGGAUAAUAAUGUGGAGAGUGAAGGGGAGGAGAGUGACAGUGAGGACAGCAGCAGUGAUGAUGAGGAAGAUACAGCCAAACUACCUCCAAGUGACACCAACAGUCACGCUGUUCCCAAACCAUCCCACAUCACUGGGAACAUGGACGACCAGCGCCUCACGUAUUUACAGAAUAUGGUACUGACCACUGAGAGGAAACUGGAACUGGUGAGAGAACAUAAGAAAGAUGCAAAGGCAUCUUACAAAAAAAACACAGACCAGCUGGGAGUGAGGUGGAGAGUCUUCCAACAAAGAAAGAAGUUCCUAGCGCCAGACCUGAAAAGAUGGAUAAAGGAAGAGCUGAGAGGGCAAUACAAUGUCAUGUAUAAGGACUGGAAGAGGCUCAAACAACAGCUGAAAGAAGAGAAAGCUGAUCUGAGAGAACGCUUGUACAUGUACAAAAAGGACCUGAAAGAGGAAGAAAAGAAGGAAGAACAGAGGCAGAGGGCUCUCGAGAAAAAACGGCGGGAAAAAGCAAAGGAAGAAAAACUCCAGCAGAAAAAGUUACAAAGGGAAGAGGAGAAAAAGCGUCAGAGGAGGCUCGCGCAGGAGAAAGAAGAGAAAAAAGCAGAGAUUGCGAGAGCACGUAUGGAAGAGAAAAGGAAGGAGCAACUGCAGAAGGAGGAAGAGAAGAAGUUAAAGAAACAGCGUGAAUUUGAAGAGAGUUUGCACAAAAAGAACAGGAGAAUGACAGAUAGAAUGAGCAGAUAUGACAGAAUGUGCUCCUGGAUAAGAAGACAUAAUCCGCUGUGACUGUCUUCGCCCUAGAAGGCAGACGCAGGGACAAAGCGGCAAAUGAGGGUAGACCUGUACUGGCAGCCGUGGGAAAAGGAAAGGGGGGACUCUUUGGAAAGGAAAUAGAGGAAGGAGAAGAAGCCGCGCAAAGUUGGGGUGCUGCACAAGCAGCAGGUCCUAAAGACUACCACAAAAAAAAAAAAAAAUGUAUAGGACAUAAUGCUUUUGACUGUCGUGCUUAGUGGUGCGAUAAAAAGGCAAAGAGAAGCAACACAAGGGAGUUUCCAGGGGGAGGAGAGAGGGCAGGGCAUCUUCACAGUAAUGGCUGCCAUCAAGAGAGACAAGAACAGCUGUCAUCGAAACUCCUAUAAUGUGGUUUGUAUGAGAAGUGUCGGUACAGUGUAACCAAGGUAAGCAAGAUGCAGGGCCUAUACUACAUUUAGUUUAAUCUGAAGCAGCCAUCUGAACAGGGAAUAAUAUAACAUUUGUAUCACCUGGGGCAACAUCAUAACCAACAAGAUUACGUUCCUAUAAUGCCAAUCAGAAGCCAGACUGUGACUAACAUGAUGACUAUGCUAAUCAUUUGGCUUCUGUCUGAAAAACAAAACACUACACAAAGAAGACUUUUAAAGGUACCUUGCAUUCUCUCCGUGUAGGUUCACUCGAUAUGUGUCCCGACCACACAAACAUGAGUAUCAUACAACAUGGCAUGGCAGCCAGGGAGAGAUUGCAGUGGAGGCAGAUCCCUCAGCCCCAGCGGGAACUCUCUCAACUAAAAGCUCCUCUCGAACAUCUCUCCAUCCAUCUGCUGUCCCAGCACCAGCCCAAGGAGGAUGGGUUCCCCCAAAAGCCUGGGUCCUCCCAAGGUUUCUUCCAGCUGGGAGUUUUUCCUUGCCUCUGUCGCCUAUGGCUUGCUUUUGGGGGCAUGAGGACAGCGUUCCUUUCUAUUCUUAUAGAAGAACAUAAUUGUAAUAAAAGAAAAAUAUUCAAAAACUUU